UGAGUUUAGUUUCCCAACUUCGAGCUCUCUUUUUUCUCUCUUAUCACACUCUUCUCGUAGACUCAAUUAGUUCUCUUUUCUGCGCAUCCAUAAAAUCGGCAGCUUGCUAUGGGGAUUCAUUCUAUCUUGAUUCGCGCGUCGUUUAUUUCCUGAUGUUGUACAGGAGAAUUGAUUCUUUGUGACAGACAGAGAUGAGUGAAAGAAUAAGGAGAUAUUCUUCAAAAUGGGAUCACAAGAAAAAACCUGAACUUUCGCUGCAACAUACCCGUGGUACAUUUUCUGCAAAGCGAGAUAAGUACGCCUCUAAUGAAUCACAUGCAUGGCAUCUGCAACAGGUUGACCAUGAUAAUGCUGGAAAACAUGAUAAAACAUUGAAGGAAACAGGUGCUAGUACAUUGUUGGAUGCACCACUUCCAUGGGAUGAACAUGAGAGUUACGGUACAAGAAUGUCUCCCGGCCUUGAUGACUGGCGGCGGCAAAAACACAAACGUUCACCUGAAAGUGGCUGGUGUAAUAGUUCAUACAGAAAUUCUACUAGAAGACGGAGCAGAAGUCCACCUAAGGGCUUUAAUCAAGAUAAGAGACUUGAUGGAAGAAGGGUUACUGCUCAGUCUCACAAUCUUCUUAGUGGGAGACAUACAAGAUCAGAAUUUCCCAUAAAUAUUGCUAAAAAUGACACCAAAUCUCUUAAAACUUUCAGAUUCCCCGUUACUGACGGACAGAAGGUUGAAAGUUCUGAUAUAAGAAAUGGAAAUUCAGGAACCUUAGUUGGUUCAGCUCAAGAACGACCAAAAAACGUGUCUAGACAGAGGGAUGUUGGUAGAGACAUGGAUGCCUUCUUGUUUAAACAAAAAAAGGAAUUUGAACCUUAUCAUAGUGAGAAAUAUUCAAGGUUAUCUUAUGCCAGUUCGACAGCUAGAUCCCAGAAUAAUGAGAGGAGGAACAUCACCUUGAACAAAUUUGACAAACAUACAAAUCAGAAUCAAGUGACCGGGAUCAGUGACAUAAUUCAUCCUGAAAUUGUGCAUUCUCGGAUUGUCAAAGAUGCUUCUUAUACCACAAGUGAAAGAGAGGAGCAACAUAAUUGGGGCAUUGAUAAGUGUAAACCCUGGCAUCUCCUUGAGGAAGAACCAAAACCACAAAGCAACUCAGGAGAUGCUGAAAAUUGGCUAGAGGGCAUGGAGAUUUCUUCGCCCUGGAACCCUAGGCAAUCUUCUAGUCAACAGGGUUCAGAUAAAGCAAGCACAAGGAAACUGCCUCAAUCCUAUAAUGCUUUUCCAAGACGACAAGGCUUGGAUCAAAACAUCCAGAAUGAUAGUGUUCUUGUUAGUAAUCCUUCCACCUUAAAUUUCACCAUUGAAAAUAAACAGAUGCUUCAACGUCCCCAUAUUCUUCCAGUAGUUGUUGAUAUGAAUGAAGCACAAGAGAAGGAAUUGAGGGAAUCUAAAACCACCCGAUUUAACAGUUCUCCAGUUGAGGGGAAUAACAUGAGAGCAAAUUCUCAAUUUUCUUUAACUCAACGAAAUCAUUCAGAUCUGGUGACCUUUUCCCCUUCAUCAGCUCAGUUAGCCGGAGCUAGACAACAACUUCCUCAACCAUAUACUGCUUUGAAUUUCUCCAAGUCACUGGAAUCUAUUGUACCAUCAAUAAACAAUUCCUUGGUAAAAUGUAAUUCUGAGGUUCAACCAAAUAAAGAAGGUGAAAAGUUGGAGUGCUUAAACUUAAUUGCUGCUGAUUGUAGUACAUCGGGCAAGGUCAAUGUGACUAAUGAUCCAGAUUCUGAGGAGAAUAAGAUAGGAGGAGAAGCCAAUUUAUCAUCAGAGAAUGGAAACGAGACUAACGAUGAAAAGAAGACAAGGGGUAAUAUGAAGGGAAUUCUUCGUGCAUUCAAAUUUGCUCUUGCAGAAUUUGUCAAGAAGAUUCUGAAACCAAAGUGGAAGGAUGGUGUAAUUAGUAAAGAUUUUCACAACGCUGUUGUAAAGAAGGUGGUUGAUAAAGUAAUGGGUAGUAUACCGCAUGCUCGGAUACCUCGAUCUCAGGAGAGAAUCACUAAUUACCUAGCCUUAUCAGAGUCUAAGCUCGACAAACUUGUAAAGGCUUAUGUGGAUAAGCAUGACAAGACCUGAUUGAAUCAUUAGAAUCUAUAGCUUGUUACUUACCCGACGAGGCCAGCACAACAACUCACUGCCAACUUAAACUAGAGCGUUCUUAGUAGGAAUCAAACUUGAGUUUUUUUAUUAUUGUUGUAAAUAUGAAUAUCGUAGGUCGAAUUAAGUGAAACAUGUAUUCGAGCUUAAAACAGUUGUUGGAUAAAGCGAGAAAAGUAGAUCAGCUGGAAUUUUAUUCCAUAGUCAAAUGUAUCUUAACUAUUGUUGUUUCUCUAUAACUAUUUUAUGUGAUAUAUCAGUUCUUAUUUUGAGUCCUU